UGUUGCGGAUCAAGUCCUUCUCGUGCUCAUGUUGUUGUUGUUCCUGUUUUACUUUAUCUCUUCUAUUCCUCCUCACUCAUCAUUUUAUACGAAAACAAAACAAAAACAAAAACAAAACAAACAAAAAAAAUGUCUUCUGCUGCCGAGGGCUCCAAGCUGUGGGGCGGCCGCUUCACUGGCGCAACGGAUCCGAUCAUGGAGGCCUUCAACGCGUCGAUCGGGUUUGACAAGCGUCUGUGCCACGCUGACAUUCGCGGCAGUCAAGCGUACGCGCGAGCAAUCUCCAAGAUUGGCCUGCUCACCGCGGACGAGUGCAACGCCAUUGUCACCGGGCUGUCGGAGAUUGACAAGGAGUGGACGAGCGGAACAUUCGCCAUCCAACCGUCAGACGAGGACAUUCACACGGCCAACGAGCGCAGGCUGAAGGAGCUCAUCGGUGCUCCGGCGCUCAAGCUGCACACUGGUCGCAGCAGAAACGAUCAGGUCGCCACGGAUGUUCGUCUCUGGCUGGCAAACGAAAUUGGCGCCUUGCUCACGUUGCUGCGCGAGCUGAUUGCCGUGUCGGUGCGCCGCGCCGCUUCCGAGUUGGACGUCCUGAUGCCUGGAUUCACGCACUUGCAGCGCGCUCAGCCCAUCCGCUGGAGCCACUGGAUUAUGAGCCAUGUGGCCGGCUUUUUGCGCGACCACGAGCGCCUGGAACAAAUCCGUCAGCGCGUGUUGGUUUUGCCCCUGGGUAGCGGUGCCCUUGCGGGGCAUCCAUUCGGCAUCGAUCGCGCUGCCCUUGCUGUCGAUCUUGGGUUUACCUCAGGCGCCACCCUCAACAGUCUUGACGGCACGAGCGAGCGCGACUUCAUUGCCGAGUUUCUUUUCUGGGCAACCAUGACCAUGACCCACCUGAGCAAGUGGAGCGAGGAUUUGAUCAUUUACAGCACCAAAGAGUUUGGAUUUGUCACUCUUUCCGACGCCUACAGCACUGGAUCGAGUCUCAUGCCGCAAAAGAAGAAUCCCGACAGCCUCGAGCUGAUUCGUGGCAAGAGUGGCCGCGUGUUUGGCUCGUUGAGCGGCCUGGUCAUGACGCUGAAAGGUUUGCCGAGCACGUACAACAAGGAUUUGCAAGAGGACAAAGAGCCCCUCUUCGACACUGUUGAUACCAUGCGUGGUGUGCUUGCUGUGGCAAACGGCGUUUUGGCAACGCUCAAGAUCCACCCCGAAAAGAUGCUGCGGGCCUUGACGCACGACAUGCUGGCGACUGAUCUGGCCUACUUUGCCGUUCGGAAAGGGGUUCCGUUCCGCGAAGCCCACGCCCUCUCAGGCCGAUGCGUUGGCUUGGCAGAGCAGCUCGGAGUUUCGCUCGCCAAGCUCACGCCAACUCAGCUCGGCACGAUCUCGAGCGUCUUUGAGACGGAAGAUGUACUCAAGGUCUGGAGCUUUGAGAGCAGCGUUGAGCAGUACACUGCGGCGGGUGGUACGAGCAAAGAGGCCGUUUCAGCUCAAGUCGCCACUGUUAACGCCUGGCUGGCUUCGAAAGCGGCAGCAAACUAAAGCCGUCAAGCAGCAGAUUGUCGUUUUUUUUGGGGGGGAGGGGGGACUACAAAUCGGCAUGUAUUGUAGCGACGAUUGAGCGUUGCAAGUGACCUUGUUGUCUCUGUGAGCUUGGUGUGUUUGAGUUGUUCGAAAAUGCAAUGAUUCCCCGUAUGGAGCUUGG